AAAUGACAAGCCAAACAGACACUGUCAACGCCACAAAUACAGACCCCAACGCAGUUACUGUAGAUACCAACGAACUAUGUACAGAGACAGAGAGUGAGCCUCAAAUCAAGAGACAAAGAGUGGAUGACGAUACGGUAGUACUAGCAGAACGCUCGUCUAUAACUACCGAAAGCAUUGAUACGGGCGACACACCUAUGCAAUCAGCAGUCGCAGAGACAUUGACUCAACCGAGAGAGCCGGUAAUAGACUCACGGCCAGAACAGACAGGCACGCCAGUAGAUCACGGAGACAUCACCAGCCAACACAACUCAUCACACACACACACAGGCCAAGGAGACGACGGGAUAGACUCUCACGCUAUACACCCUACGUACGACAAUACGACUUCCCCAGCAACAACGAGCGCACAGGAGAGUGGCUUUCCAACUUCUAUAGCACAAGAACAUGUAGUAGAUCAGGAUGAAUACGUAUCCACCCACGAGGCUCCGCAUACGCACAGCAUUAUUAGGACAAUGUCACACUCCUCGUACACGGCACCGUCGGAUCACACGGAUGCCAUUGACAGCUCUGUCACUAUCGCGGAUGCCGUUGACAGUUCGGUGACUACGAGCCCUUCAAUUCAUCCGCGCAAAGAACGCACAAACGGACGUAAUGAGUUGGUUGGCUCGCAUAAAGAUGAACGUAGCCACAUACAUCACACAGAAAGGGAUGAGGCAGACUCAGAUGUGCACGACGUUACCAUGGCAGCUACCGAGACAGCAGCGUCAGGGGGAAAUCAUCAGGCCACGGGUACGCUGAGCACACACGAUAACACGGCAAACAUCGACUUGAAUGCUAGCGAUGAGGACGAGGUGCAGGUGGUGUUUCCAUGUGCGUUCGACGGAUGCAGGAGAGUGUUUGAUCGCGUUGAGGAUUGGCGUUCACACUCAGGUACGCACAUGAGUGGGAAGGCCUUCCCCUGCAGGUGGGUGGGGUGUGGCGAGGGAUUCAGUGAUGCCGAGGCGCUUGCCAAUCACAUGUUCCAGCACACAGCACUGCGGUGUCCACGAAAGGGCUGUGAGAAGAUGUACGCAUCAAUACACAAACUCAGUGCACACGUCAAGCUGCGCCACAAGAGUAAGAGGAAAAGGCGCUGA